AUGUCCCCGACUUCUACAACGACCACCACUCCAACUACUUCAAUCCUUCCAGUACAAUGUUCCAGUUAUACAACAAUUUCGGAUGCAACUCGACGUAUUGCCUAUACGGGUACCAGGACAUGCGAUUUGUCGUCAUUUGGUACAACAGGUACUUGGGUUCGUUUCAUGAGUCCAGCUGGCGCCACCAUGCCAACCUCAGCUCCUAGUACUUCCACGUGUGGCACCGAUGAAGUACUACGACUGGUACGGUUUGCUAUAAUUGGUCUGGAAAUACAUGCAAUUGGUCGAAUUCGAUUCAAAUUACGGAUUGUAGUACUUUCUAUGUGUUUAAACUUAUCAAUACGCCAGAGUGCUAUCUACGAUAUUGUACUGUGUAAUGGUAUAUUUUCGAGAAAUAUCAAACACUCUUAUGAUACUAACCUUUGUAUAUACUAUAUCAAAAUUUAUAUUUUGACUUCUCAGAAUUUUUCUAUUAACCAAAUCUAA